AGGGCGGCGGGGGCGCGCGGAGGAGGGCGCCGGCGCUGCUCGAGGCGGCCCGCGCGCGCUACGAGAGCCUGCACAUCUCCGACGACGUGUUCGGCGAGUCGGGCCCGGACAGCGGCGGGAACCCCUUCUACAGCACGUCUGCCGCCUCGCGCUCCUCCUCGGCCGCCUCCUCGGACGACGAACACGAGCGCCCCGGCCCCCCGCCGCCGCCCGGCGCCCCGGACGCGCAGGAGCCGGAGGAGGACGAGGCCGGCGCGGGCUGGAGUGCCACGCUGCGGGACCGCCCGCCCCCGCGUUUCGAGGACACAGGCGGUCCAACCCGAAAGAUGCCCCCCGGCGCCAGCGCCAUGGACUUCUUUCAGCUCUUCGUCCCGGACAACGUGCUCAAGAACAUGGUGGUGCAGACAAACAUGUAUGCCAAGAAGUUCCAGGAGCGCUUUGGCAGCGAUGGCGCCUGGGCCGAGGUGACGCUGACAGAGAUGAAGGCGUUCCUGGGCUACAUGAUCUCCACCAGCAUCUCCCACUGCGAGUCGGUCCUCAGCAUCUGGAGCGGAGGCUUCUACAGCAACCGGAGCCUCGCCCUUGUCAUGAGCCAGGCCCGCUUCGAGAAGAUCCUCAAGUACUUCCACGUGGUGGCCUUCCGCUCCAGCCAGACCACGCACGGCCUCUACAAGGUCCAGCCCUUCCUCGACUCCCUGCAGAACGGCUUCGACUCUGCCUUCAGGCCUUCCCAAACCCAGGUGCUACAUGAACCCCUGAUUGACGAGGACCCUGUGUUCAUUGCCACGUGCACGGAGCGGGAACUCCGAAAGAGGAAAAAGCGGAAAUUCAGCCUCUGGGUCAGGCAGUGUUCCUCCACCGGCUUCAUUAUCCAGAUUUACGUCCACCUGAAGGAAGGCGGGGGCCCCGAUGGGCUGGACGCACUGAAGAAUAAGCCCCAGCUGCACAGCAUGGUGGCCCGAAGCCUGUGCCGGAACGCAGCGGGCAAGAACUACAUCAUCUUCACGGGGCCCAGCAUCACCAGCCUGACCUUGUUUGAGGAGCUGGAAAAGCAAGACAUUUACUGCUGCGGCCUGCUCAGCUCCAGGAAGAGUGACUGCACCGGCCUGCCCCUGUCCAUGCUGACGAACCCGGCCACCCCCCCAGCCCGGGGCCAGCACCGCAUCAAGAUGAAGGGGAACAUGUCUCUGAUCUGCUGGUACAACAAAGGGCACUUCCGCUUCCUGACCAAUGCCUACUCGCCGGUGCAGCAAGGAGUGAUCAUCAAGAGGAAGAGUGGGGAGAUCCCCUGCCCCUUGGCCGUGGAGGCAUUUGCUGCGCACCUUAGCUACAUCUGCAAAUACGAUGACAAGUACAGCAAGUAUUUCAUUUCUCAUAAACCGAACAAGACCUGGCAGCAGGUGUUCUGGUUCGCUGUCAGCAUCGCCAUCAACAACGCCUACAUCCUCUACAAGAUGUCCGAUGCCUACCACGUGAAGAGGUACAGCCGGGCGCAAUUUGGCGAGAGACUGGUGAGGGAGCUGCUGGGCCUGGAGGAGGCCUCACCGGCCCACUGAUGCCGCCGUGGCCAGGCUUAGGUGAGGACCAGGUCCGGGAGGCAGGAGGAGGGAGAGAGCCUGCCGUUCCGACCUGCCCAGCCAGAGCCCUGGGGUGCCCCCAGGGUGGAGGGGGGUGGGCCCGGCCUCCGCAGGGCCCAGGGUGGGCCUGGUCAGACGACGGCUGCUCUCCCGGUUCCCCUUCAAAGAAGAGCACGUCCUCCCUCCAGAAGCCGCCCACCCGGUG